CUCUGACGCUCUUCUGCGUGAUUUGGACGCUGGUCUAGAACAGUGAUUUCAGAAUGGAGAGAAGGGGGUUUCUAUCGCUCAUUUCAAGAGUAAACUUGUAAAAUCUCCGAUUUGUUUGGAGUUGUAGGAGCAGGUGGAUCGAGAAUAGCGAAACGUAACAAGGCAGAAGAUGGACUUUGUGAAACGUCCCGACGGGGCUUUGUGGAAUGGACUGCUGCUGCUCCUGUCGCUCAUAAGCGGGCGAUCGCUCGGAGCCUCUUUUUAUGGUGAUGGAUUUGUGCAGCUGAAGACCGCAGAGUCGUCCAGCCAAACGUCGCUGCACAUACGCUUCCGCACCUCCAGCUCCAAUGGAAUGCUCUUCCUGGCCGCCGGACAGAGCGACUACUGCCUGGCUGAGCUGAGUUCUGGAUACCUGCAGGUGAGGUUAGAGCUUGGGUCUGGAGAGCGCUUGCUUCGAUCAGAGAGAAGAAUGCCCUUGAAUGAUAUGGCCUGGCACUCAGUGGAACUUCAUCAUGAGCAAUACAACGUCACUUUGAUUUUAGAUAAACACUCUCAGGCUAGCCUGGAAAUGCCAGGACCUGAGCAUGAGCUUAACAUCCAGGAAGGCCUGUAUGUGGGAGGCACUGGAGGUCUUGACAAGCCCUAUCUCACAACUGACCCUGUAGGUUUCCGGGGCUGCAUUGAUGAGGUGCUUUUCAAUCAGCACAAUUUGCUGUCAUCACUUAGACCAUAUUAUGGCUUUAAAAAUGUCCAUGAAGUGUCUCUUGGCUGCAGUCCACAAUUUUUAGCCAGUGAGGAUGAACCAAUCAGCUUCUUCAGUUCUAAAGCGUACAUCUCGUUUCCACCUUGGAAUGCCCAACAAGAAGGGAUAUUUGAGUUUGUUGUGCACACUUCAGCUGAAGAAGGAAUUAUUCUGUACAACUCUGCCCGUCAUGAUGACUUUAUUGCCAUGGAAAUCCGAGGCGGCCUUCCAGUUGCAGUUGUGGGGAAAGGCGGGACUAAAACCGAACUCCGCUCCCUCUCCUUUGUUAAUGACCAGAAAUGGCAUCAUGUGAAGCUGCACUUUACAUCUAAGAGUCUUGAGCUCACUGUGGAUGAGGAAACGGUGAUAACUAGCAUUAGCUCACAUUCCAGGGCUCUUCAUUUGAAGGGUUCCCUCUUUGUUGGUGGUAUAGAUGAAAGUACCCGUUCAGUGGUCAGAAAGUUGGGGCUGGUCUCAGUCUCUGGGAAACGCAUUAGGGGGGGUUCUUUUAAGGGAUGCUUGAAGGACAUCAAUGUCAAUGGUGUAAAAAUUGGCCUUCCCAAUGUCAUGGUCAGCAAAGAUGUAUCUGUGGGCUGUGAACCAGAUAAAGAAAAGCAAUCAGCCUCUACCAUACCCCCUGGAAAUUUAUCUCCAUUUGUUACUCCAACACCAAUGAUCUAUACAUCUACACUUGUUAAUGGGUUGGACAAAAAGCAUGGACUGCAUUUUCUGGCUUUGAGGAACCUUGUAGUUUCAGAAGGUGGGAGAGCAUCCCUGGAAUCCAAGCACAUCAAAGUAAACUUAGAUUUUAAGAAGCUGGGAAUCAGGCAGUCUCAGAUUGUGUUUAAAGUAGAUGAGCAACCUGUACAUGGGCAACUGAGGUUAGAUGUAGACCAAGACCAAGAAGAAAAUACCUUCAGUAUGUUAGAUCUGUGGCAUGGAAGGGUUAUGUAUAUUCAUGGAGGAUCAGAAGAUUUGACAGAUUUUUUUAUGUUUUCUGUUUACACCAGCAGUAGAAAAGAGGUCCCUUCAUACCUGAAGGGAAACAAGCUUUACAGAUAUGACAUUAUCAUCAACCCAACAAAUGAUGCUCCUGAACUGAGUCUUCCUGAAGGAAACCUCUUUUUGGUGUUGGAGAACUCCAAGAAGCCGUUAACCACUGAAGUGCUAAAAGCCACCGACAUAGAUAGCAACUACACUGACCUUGUGUAUUCUGUGCUAGGCAAUCUAAAUGCAGAUGCUGGAUUUUUGGAAAAUGAUGAAAAUCCUGGCAAAGCAGUGACUACAUUUUCUCACCAUGACUUGGAGAAAGGGAAAAUAUGCUAUGUCCACCAUGGAGUGAAGAACUCCAGGAUUGUGUUUAGAGUUAGUGAUGGAGACAAAGUAAGCAAUACUGUAGUCCUAAGAAUCCUAGCUAUCCCACUGGAGUACAAAAUUUCCAACAACACAGGGGUAACUGUCCUGCAGGGUGACAUGGCUCUCAUAGGCACAAGACACCUAGCUGUGCAGACAAAUGCCAUAAAACAGGUGGUAGACAUCCGUUACGAUGUUAUCGAGCCACCUCAGUUUGGAGAGUUGCAGCGGCUGCACACCAGUGGAGAAUGGAAACUAACUAAUAUGUUCUCCCAGAGACUUCUCGAGAAGGAACGCUUGAGAUAUCUCAGCACCUUCCAAGAAAUACAGACCGAUAAUGUUACAGAUCACUUCAGAUGUAAGAUUACCGUAGGCACUGUGGCCACUAAUGAAAUCUCAUUCUCAAUCAUUGUGAAUUGGGUUCAAUAUAUACUAGUAAGGAAUAAAUUGGUAGAAGUUGACAAGGUGAGAAAAAUGGUACUAGACUCCGAGCAUCUCUAUGCCAUUGUUAAAGGUGUAAGUUUGCUAGAAAGUGAGCUUCAUUUCAGACUUUUGUCAUUGCCCAGAAGAGGGAACAUGUUGCUCAAUGGUAAAGUCUUAAAGAAGAACUCAACGUUUAGCCAGAAUGAUGUCCGUGAUCUAAAGGUGCAAUAUGAACUUGUACAUAGAGUGCAGGAUGACACAAAGGACAAGUUCAGUUUUCAGGUGUUCUCCAAAUAUGCCCAUUCUGCAAGUUAUGAAUUUCAGAUUGGCAUUAAAGCGGAUGCUAAUGCUAUUAUCUUGAAAAAUGAGGGACUGUCUGUAAUGGAAGGGGAAAGUAAACUCAUCACAAAAGAUGAACUUUUUUCAGAAACGUUGAACACCAAAACAUUGUACUACAGCAUAAUAGAUAGUCCUAAACAUGGGAAGUUAAAACGCAUUAAUCUGUCCAGUUCGUCUUCUAGGAAUGAUAACAUCACUGCUUUCACCAAUCAAGAGAUCCUGGAGGAACGUAUUGUGUAUGUCCAUGAUGACAGUGAAACCACUUAUGACCAGUUCACAUUUAUCAUCUCUACAAGUAAGGUGAUCCCACCCAUCUUAGAUGAUGAGAAUGGUGCAGUAGAAGGCAUCUUUAACAUCUCUGUGCAGUUAGUCAAUGAUGAAAAACCAGUUCGUGUCGUCGAUAAAGUUUUCCAUGUGGUGAGGGAUGGUCAGAGACUGUUGACACUGGAGGACCUGUGCUACCAUGAUACAGAUUCAGACUUUGAUGAUGGCCAGCUGAUCUAUACUCGCCGUGGCAUUCCUAUGGGAGACUUGGUGCUAGCAAAUGACACCUCACAUAGACUCUUCCAAUUCCAACAGAAGGACCUUGAACAGAAGCGGGUCUUGUUCAUCCACCAUGGGGUUAGCUUUGGGCGAUUCGUACUUUUCGUGUCUGAUGGUAAACAUUAUGCGUCCACGCUGUUGGAUGUCCAUGCAGAGGAUGCAUACCUUAAGAUAGAGAAUAACACUGGCAUUUUAGUCCAGAAGGGGCAAGCAGGAGCCCUCACCUCUGCCAACCUCAGUGUGACCACAAACCUGGAUGUCAGAGACAACAAAGAGAUAACUUACAACUUGCUUACUUUACCGAAACAUGGUAGGAUUUACUGCAAUAGCUUGUUGGUGGACAGCUUCACGCAGCAUGAUCUUAAGAUGGGAGCUGUAGUCUAUCAUCAUGACGAUAGUAGGAAUCUCUGGGAUGUUUUCCAAUUUACAGUGAAAGUGAAGGAAAUGCACCAAGACUCGAGUGUUAAUGUGAAGGUGUACUUGGAGAGCCACCAGCAGCCACCUAGAGUCAUUCACUGCAGAGCUCUCCUGGUUGAAGAAGGCAAGCCUGUCAAGAUAAAUAAAAGGGAUCUUGAGGUCAUUCAUGAAGAUAACUUGCCAUUAGAGAUCAUAUUCACAGUGAAGGUACCCCCAUCUUAUGGAUAUCUCCGAAGAUUUGCCGAGGAUGAAGACCGCUACUUUGGGACCCAGGAGACACCAAUCCAGAUCUUCUCCCAGAAAGAUGUCAAUGCCGGUAACGUGCAGUAUAUGCAGGUCGGAGCCACCCAGUUGAAUGAUACCUUUGUCCUUGAUGUCACUAAUGGAAUUACUGAGGUCCACAACAUCAGGAUGCUCGUGGAUGUCAUCCCAUCCCACAUCCCCCUGGAAGUCUCCAACAUCACCCUGAAUGAGGGGUCAGCAAAGGCUUUAACAAAGGAAGUCAUAAAAGUAGUCAACCGGCAUUUCUCGGGCCUCAACUUCCAGUAUUAUGUGUCGGAGGGACCAUACCAUGGUCGUAUCGAGCAUUCUCAGUUCCCAGGUGUUCAAAGGACAGCUUUUACUAGGAAGCAGGUUGAGCAUGAAUUCAUGUACUAUGUUCAUGACAACAGUGAGACGAUGGCUGAUAAUUUCACCAUUAUUGCUAAUGACACGGACAUUGGAAAGCAGAGUCUACCCCGUACAGUGUUUGUCAACGUUAGACUCAUCAAUGAUGAGCCACCGGUCAUAAAAGUCAACAGGAUCCUGCGAGUGUGGGUUGACUCCAUCACAGAGAUUACCUCCAAUGAGUUGAAAGCCCAAGACAAGGAUUCUCCCCAGGAAAGUCUGGAGUACAUUGUGACCCCACCAAGCAUGGGCCACCUUGCUCUGAAGAGCUCUCCCCACAAACCCAUCCUCAACUUCACCCAGGCUCACAUAGACUGGGGUCAACUGGUGUUUGUGCACAGUGGCGCCAUGUCUGGGGGCUUUAACUUCCAAGUGAACGAUGGCGUCAACUUCUCUCCACGACAGAUCUUUAGUAUAACCGCUAGAGCCCUGAUCCUAACAUUAGAGAGGAACCUUCCCCUGAAGAUGCUUCCAGGUUCUUCGACACCCAUUUCUGCAGAAGAAUUGCUGGCCGUUACCAAUGACAACGAUGGAGCACAGAACCGUUCCAUCGUCUUUACCGUUAUCAGCCCGCCAAAGUUAGGGAGGCUGGUGAAGAUCCAGGCAGACAACACAACAGCAGAGAUCUCCUCUUUCACUCAAACAAUGGUGGAUGAGAGUGAGGUUAUAUAUGAGCAAAGCCGUGCAGAUUCAGUGGGAUGGGUAGCAACCGACUUCUUCAGUUUCACAAUCUCAUCUCCUCCUGCCUCCCUUGAAGCACAGAUAUUCAAUAUCGACAUCUCAUACGAGAACACUGACCCCGAACACAAAACCAUCCUCCUCGCAAACACUGGUGCAGUUGUGACUGAGGGAGAGAAAGUUCUGAUUGACAAGGCAAAGCUGGAUGCCUCUAACCUAAUGGCCAAGCUGCCUGAAGUGCAGCGUCACUCCUACGAAGUUUGGUACCAGGUCAAGUCCCUGCCCUGGCAUGGUGUCAUUAUUGUGGGGGAGCGUAAUCUGACCAAGGAAAAGCCCAAAUUCUCCCAGUAUAUCCUCAAUAAAUUUGGAAUCACAUACCAGCAUGACAACUCGGAGACAACCUAUGACAACUUUGUAUUUGAUGCAUGGUUGAACCUGAAAAGCAAGCCAGCAGUGCGCCCUCUGGAGGACAAAGAUGUGGUGGAGGAAUCCUUCAACAUAACCAUCCUUCCUGUGAAUGAUCAGCCACCUGUCCUUAUAACCAAAUCCCCUGGUUUAUCAGUAGUACAAGGAGAUGCGAUCGUCUUGGCUUCAGCCAACCUAAAUGUGGAGGAUCUGGACAAUCCUCCUGAGGACAUCAAUUACACUGUGAUUAGUAAACCCAGCAAUGGCUUCCUGGCUAUGAAAGACAGUUUGAAUGAGUCCAUAUUGACCUUCACACAAGCUGACAUCAAUAAUGAGAAGGUGUAUUUUGUUCAAGAUGGAAGCCCCCAGUCUGGAGUAUUUUAUUUUAGUGUCACUGAUGGCAAACACCGGCCAGUUUAUAAGCUUUUCAAUGUGGAGGUGAAUGAAAUUACAAUUUCUCUUAUAAACAAUACAGAAGUAGAGCUGGAACAGGGCCAGACCUCUGUCAUCCUCUCAAAUGAGCAUCUUGCUGCAAAAACCAGUGGGAGGAACAGUGUCAUCCAGUACCAAGUGACACAGCCUCCACAUUAUGGCAUACUUCUGAUCAGUAAUGAGGCAGUCCAUAUGUUUGACCAGAAUGACUUGCGCUUAGGAAAGUUAUCAUAUAAUAUGACAGAUCUUUCAUCUGCUGAUGAUAGCUUUGAGUUCACUGCUUUCACAUCGAAGAGUAACCUGACGAAGCAGAUUGUUAAAAUCGCAGUGAGACCCCUAAUCCAACUUGGAAUGGAUGUAAAGAUCCCCAACGGCAUUCUAGUGAAACUAAAAGGCUUCAUCAAUGCUUCAGCGUUGACUGUCUUAAGUGGCACUGACCCUCAGUUUGAAAUCCUGUCCCAACCAAAAUAUGGAAAAGUUGUGAAAAUCCAGGCUAAUGAAAAAGGAAUUCCCCGUCCCAUAGCAUCCUUUUCCUUCCAGGAUGUGGAGCAGGGAAAAGUGGCUAUUGAGGAAAAGGCUAACAUGACUGGCAAGGAGUAUCUGAAUGAUUCAUUUGUGUUUGUGCUAAAAGCAGAAAAAGUCCAGCCUUCAAGAGGUGAAUUUAAUUUCACCAUUGUACCAUUUGAUCCAUCCCUUGUAAAUCCAGUCACCACAGAUAGCCCAGUGCACACAACUAAACUGCCCACGUCUGGCCAGACCACAGUUCUUGGAACUCUGCCCCACACCACAAUUGACCCAUUGGCAUCAUCCCAAAGACCUCACAAGACCUUACAGAAAUUCAAGGGACGGAAUCGCUGGGGAAGCCAUCAGCGGAAUAAUACCACUGCUUCUGUCGUUCCGAGAACCACCUCAGGCCAACAGGACCAUCCCCUCAAGAUCACCCCCGUGAGGACAGAGUCAUUUCCCAGGCCAGCCACUGAUCCCCUCUUCAUCAUCCUUCCCCUACUGGCCUGUCUACUCCUCAUCAUCAUCUUCAUUGUGCUCAUGCUGGUCUUUCGUCGCCGCAGAGAGAAGAGGGCCCGGCCAGUCUUGACUCAAGACCUCAUUGCCACCCCAAGCCCCAGCAGCCCAUACCUUGGGCAGCCAGAGAGGAGCCUGGCUAUACCAUCUGUCGUGGUGACCCCACUCAGCCCCAGCUGCCCAGGCAGCCCCAUUCCCGACAGAAUGCAUGACGGUGCACUGGCACCAAUAGCCGGUCCCCAGGAAGCCUCUCUGCUGCUCUGUUCAUGGAGCAACCUGGGACCCGAGACUGUCCAGCACUGCCGCACCACUCCCCCAACCCUGAGGAGUAACCAAUACUGGGUGUGAACACAUCUUCAUUUCUCCACUGCUGGUCGGAUGGAGGAAUAGGGUCAAAAAUAAGCACUCGUUACUCUGCUUCCCCUGUUUUGUCUCUUGUCUUGCAGCAUUUACGCUCAAAGGGUAACGCUUUACUUGAGGGGGCACAAGUAACUUAGAAACUCAGUUACUACUCGGGAAAAAAAUUAUGAGCUAAUACAUAGUUCCUGCAUGAAAAACACGAACUGUCAUGAUUGAUUACUGAUGAAUGGGAUCAAUAUGGGACUAACACUUAUUACCAGUUAGUUAAUGCAUUAAGUAAGCAUGUGCUACCUCAGGUAAAGUUUUACCACUCAGAGAUAUAGCCAAAAAUGUAGCUAUAUUGAACAGUAGCAGAUUUGUGUAAUUAUAAGAGGCAUUGAAAUGUUUCUGUUGAUCCAAGAAAAUGCCUCUUUCUUUAGGGUAAUUGUACACAGGGCAACUUUUGGGCAAUGCUGCUGGCCAAUGAUAUUUGGGCACUUUCCCUUAGAUAUUUAGUUGCCCUUUGUCUCACCUGGUUGGCAAUUUCCCAGCAUUGCUCAAAAAGUUGCUCUGUGUAUCAUCACCUUAAGAAUCUUUCUCCAUAUUUCGAAUUAAACAAUUAGUUGCCAUGACUAGCACAAAACCCAGUGCAGUCAUUUUAUCCCUUUUCUGUUAUACUGUUAUAUGUUGUCUGAUUACUGAUUAUAAAAAAAAAAACACAGAUCAGUGCUUUACAUGAGUUACAGCCCCCGUUUGUCAAUGCUCAAAAUAAGCACCCAACAUGGAUAAUUUGAAAUAUUAAUGCAAAGUGGGAAAACAAAACCUAUUUAUUAACCACAAGGGGGUUGGUAUUCUCGGAUUGUCUUAGGGUGCUCAUAAGUAAUGUGACGACUAAACUCCUGGCAGAUGUAGGUUUUCUGCCACAUAUGCUUUCUGGCUGCUUUCCAGAUUUUAUGUAAACUUGCCUGCAAGUUUUUGGAAACCUUGGAGGUCAGCUUUUAUUUUAAUUAUUUUUUAAUCAAUUUGGUACAGAGAACUGAUUGUCUGGGACAAGAUUUUGCGGUUCGUGCACUGAUAAGAGUUAUGCGAGCAUUCAGAUUAUUUAUUGUAUGUCAUAGAACUAUAUUAUUCAGCUGUUUUCUCUAACUACAGUAAAACCUCGGAUUGCGAGCAUAAUUCGUUCCAGAAAUGUGCUCGUAACCCAAAGCACUCGUAUAUCAAAGCGAAUUUUCCCAUUAGAAAUAAUGGAAACUCAGGUGAUUCGUUCCACAACCCAAAAAUAUUCAUAUAAAAUGAUUGAUACAAAAUAUAAAGUAAAAAUACAUGAAACAAAUUAACUUGCACCUUUGAAAAGGAUCAUGGAUGGUGUGAGGGAGACGAGAGAGAGGAGAAGAGGAGGGUUGUUUUGUAGGACAACUUUCACCAUAACUAAAGGAAUCCCUGCUAUCUGGAAUCUUUUUCUUUUUGUCUGACUUUAACAAGGAACCUGUCCAAUGACAGCCGCUUUUGGCUCCUUUUAGAUUUUGCGGAAAUCUGGACAUUGCAUUGUCGUUAAACAGAAUCAUUGCUCGCGCUGCUACACCCUUUUUUGGGUGGUGCUUUUCUACUAAAUUUUAACUAUACGAGUGAGGCACAGAAACCAAGACCAAGCAUGGGAAACGAUUACUCACAAUCCUGCAGCGAUAGAGAGAGAAGAACCAUUGCUUCAGUUGUGAUCACAUGACGCUCAGCAGACAAAGCGUAUACGUAAUACUCAUAUUGCAAGACCUCGUUCGUUUAUCAAGUUUAAAGUAAUUUAAAAUAAUUUGUUCACUGCGAUGGGCUGGCCCCCCAUCCUGGGUUGUUCCCUGCCUCAUGCCCAUUGCUUCCAGGAUAGGCUCCGGACCCCCCAUAACCCAGUAGGAUAAGCGGUUUGGAAAAUGGAUGGAUGGAUAAUUUGUUCAUCCUGCAAAACACUCGCAAACCAAGUUACUCGCAAUCCAAGGUUUGACUGUACAUGGAUUUCAUGAAAAGUUUAAAAAAUGAUGAAAACAUACACAUUUUCAGCUACAUGUUAGUCUAUAUAAAAUACAGUGCUGUGAAAUGUUUUCAAAAACCUAAGAAUAAAGAAAUUUCUGACCAAUUCCGAUAGCCAAUUUUUACGAAAAAUGACAACCAUACCAAUUGUUUGAGAGGUUCUGCAUAAAUAAGGUUAAAGGGACACUUUAUAAAUAAAAAAAAUAAUAAUUGCAUUCCAAAAAUAUGAAAAAGUAUUUAUUUUUGGUAAGAAAACACCAACUCUGGCAUACAGCAACAGUCCCAGAGCACUAUAUUUUAUAACUGUAUACAUGUUUCAUAUUUAUAUUUAUAUCAUAACAGAGAAGGGCUGAUCAUCAAGUGGGAUAAACUUCCAGGUAAUUAUAUUUUGAUUUUGCACUUUCUGCACUAAGUUUUCUUCUGUUAUGAAACGCUUGCAUUCCUGAUGGCCUAGCGUUAUUCGGUACUACAGCCUUGAAACGUGUAUUGGUAGAUUCUCCUUGUGAAUUUUUACCAGUGCAAUGUUUGCAAGAUGAAUUUCAAACAUUGUUUUCAUUAGUAUUUAAAUCAUUUCACCCAGCAGACAUUUUUGUUAACUAUUUAGUACAGAGGUGUGCAGGCAAAAAUAAUUGGCUCAUUUUUAACCAUCGACCGAUUUGUUGCUGUAUCUGACAAUACCGAUAGUUGGCUAAUACAAUCGAUGCCACCCAUAUUAUUAAGUACAGGUCCAGGGUUUGUUAGAGGGUAAUCCUUAUCAGUGUUUCUCAACUCGGUUCUCUGGGACCCCCAGACAGUCACAUUUUUGCUCCUCCUUGCUCAGCUCUUGGUAAGGACUGGGUUGAGAAACGCUGCCUUACUUGGGUCGAGAGUAGAGCUGGAUAGUUCAGGUCCAGAAAGUAAAAAUCCAAACCAAGAUUUUGUUUCAACCAACCAGUUGAGUACCCUGUGACUGUGACUCUUUAUACUCAACUGGUUGGUUGAAACAAAAUCUUGGUUUGGAUUUUUACUUUCUGGACCUGAACUAUCCAGCUCUGCUUGGAAACUUGAGCUUUACCACUAAUCUUUGACUGUGGGAUUUGCAUGCUCGUCCUGUGUUGCAUACGUUUCCUCCUACAGUCUGAAAAUAUAUAGUUAGGUCAAUUAUGCUUCUGAUUUGCCUAUAGUUUGUGCUUGUAUGUUUGCCCUGUGAUGGACUGGAAUCCCAUCUAGGUUAUACCCCUGUUCUAUGUCCUGUGCUGCCUGGGUGGGAUAGGCUCCAGGCCCACUGUCGCCCUGCACUGGGUGAGCCGUUGGAAGAUGGAUGGAUGGAAUCCUUUUUAAAUAUCUAACCAUUAUUAAUUUGUAAUCACAUGGAAUGACUUAAUGUUCUUGUGUAUUAAUUUUUCCCCAAAUAAUUUUAUUAUAACUGUUGUUCUUUGAUAUCUCACUGGUUAGGUUUCUUAUUGGUUCAUAUUUGAAGUGGUUAUGUUAUAUUUUGGGUUUAAAAAUCACACAAGUGGUACUCUGCUUGACUGAAUUGUGUAGUGUCUGCACUGAGUAAACAAGUUGUUAGAUAUUGUAGGAUAGAAGGUACAUGUACACAUCUGGAUAGUUACCCACUUUUUCUAUGCUGCUCACCUGGUCUUUAUUGCAAAGAGAUCCUGUUGCUCGUGUUUUGCUUUGAUUAUUUUCUGUAAAACUGAGGUAGGGUGUAGAAUGUAAAAUAAAAUUUGGUGAUGCUGUUGAGACACUGAACUGUAUGUGUGACUACUGAAUCAAAAUGUAAUGUGUACCCUCUAUAUUUAUAACUUUUUUUUUUUUAAUAAACCAAAAUUCU